CGGACAGUGGUUGAAACAAAGUAGAUGACAUGUAAUUUAAAUGUAUAUGACGGUGCCAUAAGAUGGGGGUCGUUAAGCCUGACGUAUUUCCAAAUGCAGCCAGUCUUCAUGGUCAUCAUGAGCUGACACUGAUCUUCAGUUGAGUUCGGCCCACAGCCAAAAGAUGAACGUCAACGUCCUUAGGCUGUUAUUCAUAUUGAUCGCACUCGCGAUUCACACGGAGCAGUUAUCGUUACCUACCGAUUCCAGCUACAAUGCUGCAGUUGUGGAGUUACCUGUCCAAGUGGGAACUCCCAGGGAGCGUGUCGAGCUGGCCAAAAUACUCUACAUGAAUAUUAUCGAGUCGAAUGACACCGCCGACCUGGACAUUCUUGUUUUUCCCGAGUAUGUGCUGAGCAAUCGAGAUUCGGCGACCUUUGUGCCAAAUCCCGAGCAGAACGUAAUACCGUGCUUUGAGCCCGAUUACGAAAUGUUUCUGGUCGAGAUCAGUUGUGCUGUGCGCGCACGUCGCAUCUAUGUGGUGCUCAAUCUCGCGGAGAAGGAAUUAUGCGGAGCGAAUUACGGUUCAGACACCUGGAAUCCCUGUCCCGCCAACGGGGUGCGUUACUUCAAUACCAAUGUGGUCCUCGAUCGCGAUGGUCGUGUGGUGUCGCGUUAUCGCAAAUCGCAUUUGUGGCGCCAGGAGUACAAAAGUACCUCCGUAUUGCGGCAACCGGAUAUGUCCACCUUCGACACGGACUUUGGCGUCACCUUUGGCCACUUCAUUUGCUUCGACAUGCUCUUCUAUGAGCCUGCCAUGCGAUUGGUGAUCGAGCGCAACAUCACCGACAUCAUCUAUCCCACGUAUUGGUUCUCGGAGCUGCCCUUUUUGGGUGCAGUGCAGCUGCAGGAAGGCUGGGCGUUUGCCAACGACAUCAAUCUGCUUGCCGCCGAUGGCAGUGAUCCGGCUGGCAAGACAACCGGCUCCGGCAUCUAUGCCGGACGUGCUGGACGCCUUUCGGCUGGUAUCUUUGAGCAGCCCACACAUCAUAUGUUCAAGGCACGCGUGCCCAAGCGAAGUCGCUACACCGGAGAAGCCUUUGAGCUGCCGCCGAAGGUGUUGCCAGCAUUUAGUCAGCAGUUGAUUACGCCACGGUAUACGGCACUCGAUACGUUCAGGGAUUACAAUGUGGACAUCUUUGAGACGCGGCUGCUCGCUGUCGACUUUCUGAAUGUCACGCAGCGUCUGUGCCACGAAGAUUUCUGCUGUGACUUCGAGGUGGAGCGUUCAUUGAUUGGCAACUCCGCCGAUUAUGCUCAGUAUCGCUAUCGCUUAGGUGUGUAUCACGGCAAUGAGACGACCUUCAUCCGUGUGGAUCGCAGCGAGCAGGCUGUGUGUGCACUGUUUGCCUGCACCUCGGAUGAGUUGCUCAGCUGUGGCCGCAUCUUUUCCGCUGCACAACCGACGGCCAAUCAGUAUUACUUUAGGCACAUUCGCAUUUCGGGUUUGUUUCCGGCAGCGAAGCGUCGCUUGAUCAUGCCCAGCACUUUGGAUGGCGUCAUGUUGCCCCUGGAUGUGGCUCAGUACACUUGGAGCGAAUCGCCGCCGGCCAAGCAGCUGCAGGAUUCAUUGAUCAGUCUGGAGCUAACGGCGCCCAAGAAUGAUCUCUUGACCUUUGCCAUUUGGGCCAAUUACUUUACCGAGCUACCAACCACACAUAAUUUGGAUCAUUUCCAACCUGUUCCAUCUCCAAGUACUCCUGGCAACAACAACAACACGAGCAACGCAGCUGCUUCCAGCAUUUAUGCUGCAGUCUCCACUUUGUGCCUUCUUCUGCUGGCAGCUGCUCUUAAGGCUUGAGCCUGCGAAGCGUUCUUUCUGCUUAUUACAACCUUUUUUUUUAAUACUUUAUAGAUUUUUGCAUUUAUUUGUUAUUUCAAUUAAUUUAAAUAAAAAACAGGCACUCCUUAAGUCCUUUUUAUUUCCAACAA